GGCACCCGGAAAAGAGCUCAGCCGUAGUGAAUGACGGCGCGACUGCCAGGAAGAUGGAAGCGUUGCUGCCUCUCGUCAAUUGACUGGCAUGUUUUAGGGAAUUUACAAAGUUACAAUACAGUUUCUUCAGCAGUUCAGGAGUUCAAUAUACCAGGAUGUCGGCUUCUGCGAUAUUUAUAUUGGACCUCAAAGGAAAGGUGCUGAUAUGCAGGAACUACAUGGGGAACAUGGACAUGAACGAGAUCGACCACUUCAUGCCCAUUCUGCUGAGGAUGGAGGAAGAUGCGGACAUGUCGCCCCUGGUAACCCACGGCUCCACCCACUUCCUGUGGAUCAAACACAGCAACCUUUACUUGGUGGCAAUGACCAAGAAGAACGCUAAUGCUGGUCUGGUGUACUCCUUUCUCUACAAAAUAGUGGAGGUGUUCAAAGAGUACUUCAAGGAGUUGGAGGAGGAGAGUAUCCGUGACAACUUUGUGACGGUCUAUGAGCUGAUGGAUGAGAUAAUGGACUUUGGCUUCCCUCAGACGACAGACAGCAAGAUCCUGCAAGAGUACAUCACCCAGCAGGGUCACAAGCUGGAGGUGGGGGCCCCCCGUCCUCCAGCCACCGUCACCAACGCUGUGUCCUGGAGGUCAGAGGGCAUCAAGUACAGAAAGAACGAGGUCUUCAUGGACGUCAUCGAGUCGGUUAACCUGCUGGUCAGUGCUACAGGCAGCGUGCUCCGCAGUGAGAUCGUGGGCAGCAUCAAGCUGAAGGUGGUGCUGUCUGGGAUGCCUGAGCUCAGGCUGGGCCUCAACGACAAAGUCCUCUUCGAGAUCACUGGCAGAGAGAAGAGCAAGACUGUGGAGCUGGAGGAUGUCAAGUUUCAUCAGUGUGUUCGUUUGUCGCGCUUCGAGAAUGACCGCACCAUCUCCUUCAUCCCUCCGGACGGAGAGAGCGAGCUCAUGUCCUACCGCCUGAACACCACGGUGAAGCCCCUCAUAUGGAUUGAGAGUGUGAUUGAGAGGUUCUCUCACAGCAGAGUGGAGAUCAAGGUCAAGGCCCGGAGCCAGUUCAAGAGCCGCUCCACCGCCAACAACGUGUGCAUCCUGGUGCCGGUGCCGAGCGACGCCGACUCGCCCAAGUUCAAGACGAGCACCGGGAGCGCCAAGUGGGUCCCAGAGAAGAACGUGGCGGUGUGGAACAUCAAGUCCUUCCCUGGCGGUAAGGAGUACACGAUGAGAGCCCACUUUGGCAUGCCGAGUGUGGAGAGUGAUGAACUGGAAGGAAAGAGGCCGAUCACUGUCAGCUUUGAGAUCCCCUAUUUCACCGUAUCUGGCAUCCAGGUACGCUACUUAAAGAUCAUUGAGAAGAGUGGUUAUCAAGCGUUACCAUGGGUACGCUACAUCACACAGAGUGGAGAUUAUCAGCUUCGGACGAACUAAGGGCAAGCGUGCUGCCAGACAAAUGGAUAUUCUCCCUCCCUCCCUCUCUCUCUCUCUCUCUCUCUCUCUCUGUCUCUCUCCCUGCCUCCUUUUGGAGGAAGGGACAGCAGAGGACAGGAAAGGGGAACACGGCAAACUUUCAACCCUCUCCAAGGGAAGAUGGAAGGACGGUGCUGUCACUGCGUGACUCUCUCUGUCUCUUUCCCUCUCUCUGUCUGUCUCUGUCUCUGUCUCUAUCUGAGUCCGAAAACCAAAUGCAGCACCCAAAAGAAACAUUUUAUCUGUAGAAUAUUAAAUUCAGUAGGGUAGACUUUUAGGAUUGAUGACAUGUCAUUGUAACGUUCUGAUUAUUGGGGUUUUUCUCGUGGUAUCUGUGUACCAGAACUAUGUAGAGUGUGUGCUUCUAUUGAAACCUCAUGUUUUAUACAGCCUGAUAUAAAGCUGAUGUUGUAUAGUAAAGGUGUGUUUGUGGGGGGGGGGGGGGAGGGGGGAAUUUAAAAUGUUGUCUGGGUUAAUUUGUCAAAGAGCUGUAAACAGAUUGCUCUCUGUGAUGAGAUAAGCAUAUCACCGUGGCUACCUGUGGAACUCUAUCUGAUGUUCACGAGUGUGUGUUCACACUCCUCUGUCCCUGGACUGGAACACAGCCUCCUUACCCCUCAUGCUUCUGUCAAGUCAGGGGUUUGAAGUUGUGGACUGUACCAGGAAGUAGUGUCCUAGACCAGGAAGUGCUGUACUUUACCAGAAGGGAGUUUACUUGACCAGGACAUAGUACUCUACCUAGACUUUGUCUCCUGUACCAGGAAGUAGUUAAGAGGCCAGGCCAUGUCUCUGAUACUCAAACAACCAUGGUGUUCAGCCAUAUGCAGGGGCAGGUGUAGGUCAUACAUUCUGUUAUUCUUUCACUUUGAAGGCUAAAUCUUAACUUUUCUGACCCGGGUGUUUGUCUAAAUCCCGCCUCCUUUGUGAAUGCGCUGCCUAUCAGUUCAGCAGCUCCAUCUCUUGCACGAUGGAAUUCAGGUUGGAGGAAAUGGCUCCAUUUUCCGUGACCACAAAUGUUUCUUUUGUAAUCAGGCAUUGAGGACGCUCCUAUUAAUGGGAGACAACUGACUUUUAUUUUCAGAUAGCUUUUUAAAUGUUCACUUUUUUUCUCUGUGGCUGUAAUUAUAAGUGUGUUUUCAGUCUUAUUCAAUUAACACUGCUUGUCAAUCGGGAAAGAAAAGGGUCAUAUUUAUAAAAAUAAACAACUUUGUACCAUA